GGGCAGCGAGUGAAGCUAAAUUAUUGAACAUUGUGGUUGUUUCCAAUCUCAUUCAAAAUACAAACAUGUUCUGGUGGCGGCGGCGUUCACCAUGAGACCUAUAGCUUCUGAUUUUACACAAAAACUCCUCCCUCUAAAUAUCAUCGCCGCCAACACUAACUCUCACCUCCAACGAACCUCUUCCCAUUUCUUUCUCCAAUCGUAUCGCAUGGCCGAAGCCACAGCAACCACACAUACACCCGCGCCGCACCCGAUCCAACCCCAACCAAAACCCAACGCCGAGGAGAAAGAGGUUCCUCCUCCGCCGGAGAAACCGGAUCCCGGUGAUUGUUGUGGUAGUGGAUGCGUUCGAUGCGUUUGGGAUGUUUAUUAUGAUGAGCUUGAAGAAUAUAAUAAGCUUUACAAACAAGGGGAUCCUAACCCUAAAUCUUAGUAAUAUCUUUCUUUUUCCAUUCAUUUCUUCAAUAAUUCACAAUUCAUAGAUAUCAAGUCAAAUAUUUGUUGUAAAUUUGUAAUAAUAUGAUAUGGUGUUAUCUAAUGUAUUUUAAUAGUCAACAAUACCAUUCAUGAUUUCAUUUUUCUUGUAUGAUCAAAUUUUUCUUGUCCUUUUGAAUGUACAAUGAUUAUUUAUUUGGUAAUGUUAAUGCUGUAGCAGAUCUAAAUUUUGGGAGGAUAAAAAGACAUGAAGAUGAGUUUGUUUGUUAA